AGAGUUUUUUUAUUCCCUGAAGCUGUCAGACGUGAUUUGAGAGUCGAGAUGAAUUACUUGAGUUUACUUAUUGUUUUCGUAGUGCGCUUGUUAAUCGUAUUAGGCCAAGUAAAGUCGUUUGGUGGCAAUGAGUGGCCAACAUUCACGGGUGUCUGCGAGCUACAAGGUGAUUGGUGCACCACCCAGUGCCAAAUAGCAGGCGGAAGUGGUGGCAGGUGCAACAAGGUUAGGCUCUGCGUCUGCAGUCCACUCUAAGCAUGUUAUGUCAAAAUGACAACAAUAAAAUAUUGAAAAAAAA